AUGUCCAACAGCAGCUCCAUCAGCCACUUCCUCCUGCUGGCAUUGGCAGACACGCGGCAGCUGCAGCUCCUGCACUUCUGCCUCUUGCUGGGCAUCUCCCUGGCUGCCCUCCUGGGCAAUGGCCUCAUCAUCAGCGCCGUAGCCUGCGGCCACCACCUGCACACGCCCAUGUUCUUCUUCCUGCUCAACCUGGCCCUCAGCGACCUGGGCUCCAUCUGCACCACUGUCCCCAAAGCCAUGCACAAUUCCCUCUGGGACACCACCACCAUCUCCUACACAGGAUGUGCUGCACAGCUCUUUAUGAUUUUCUUCUUCCUUGGAUCACAGCUUUCCCUCCUGACCAUCAUGUGCUACGACCGCUACGUGUCCAUCUGCAAACCCCUGCACUACGGGACCCUCCUGGGCAGCAGAGCUUGUGCCCACAUGGCAGCAGCUGCCUGGGCCAGUGCCUUUCUCAAUGCUCUCAUGCACACAGCCAAUACAUUUUCCCUGCCCCUGUGCCAUGGCAAUGCCCUGGACCAGUUCUUCUGUGAAAUCCCCCCCAUCCUAAAGCUCUCUUGCUCCAAAUCCUACCUCAGAGAAAUUUGGCUUCUUGCAGUUAGUGCCUGUUUAGGACUUGGGUGUUUUGUGUUCAUUGUUUUCUCCUAUGUGCAGCUCUUCAGGGCUGUGCUGAGGAUCCCCUCUGAGCAGGGACGGCACAAAGCAUUUUCCACCUGCCUCCCUCACCUGGCUGUGGUCUCCCUGUUCCUCAGCACUGGCAUAUUUGCCUACCUGAAGCCCUCCUCCAUCUCCUCCCCAUCCCUGGAUGUGGCCCUGUCAGUUCUGUACUUGGUGGUGCCUCCAGCCCUGAACCCCCUCAUCUACAGCCUGAGGAACCAGGAGCUCAAGGCUACAGUGAGAAGACUGAUGACUGGAUGCUUUCAGGAAUAUUAA